CAAUUGCUCUCUUCGAUUCCAGCGUCCUUGCUCCAACAUGCAUUCCCCCUUUCCAGCCUCACCAACGCGGCUUGAACAGCUGAAAACCCUUCCCCCCCACCUUUGCCCAUCACCAGAGCGCUCUUGCGCAAUGGAGCGGCGGCGGAAUAUCUUGUUGGGCCGACAGACAAUCUUGAAUGCAAGCGGCUGUCGCUGAGUAAAGCCCAUCCAACGCCGGGACGGCACCGUCGUUCGCCUUGGAGGCACCCCGGCCCUGAUGGGCGAGCGGCUGCUACCUCCACUCCAGGACCUGGAAGGUUAGUGCAACGUGCAACGCGCUACGGGUACAGGGAUGGCGCCCUACCGCCCAGGCGAUGGGGAGACCGCGGGCGGCCUGUGCCGAUAGCCAACUGCCGCGCGCCCAACUCCUCCAGGCUGCUCCAUCCUGGUUGGCGGUGCCUGGCGGGAGGUACAUGCAUGUACUUUGCCGCCUUCCGUAUGUGGGCAGCUACAUGGGUGGCACCUGCCAUAUCAGCCCCUGAGGCUCACCCUCUCACCAGCCCAGCCCUACCGACCUACCAUAACAUCGCUGCCGAAAACUCGCGACAACCGGCCAAUCUCUAACAAGAGCACAAACAUGGCUUGUCCGCUUCAUGUCUCAAGCCACAACACGUCGAGCUCUCGAGACAGAGCGCGCCGAGCUGCGACGUGGUCUCUCAGCCCCUUCCGGGGGGAAGCCCCCAGUCGGCUGACUCGACUUGAGGAAACGGCGCCGCAGGGGUCCUCUUACUGGGCCGUCGCAUAAGGCCUUAGGGUGAAUACCACGCCGCAUAAGUGCUAGGAAUCAUUUUUCCAGGGUCCUCAUCGAAGAUUGUAUAGACUACACCUACGCCGGGCGCUCGUCGCCCAACCCUCCUCCUCCUCGCCUCGUCUCGCCUCGCCGCCCUGCCCUGUUUCGUCGCGGAGCGCACCGCCCUUGUCGUCGCCCUCAUGGCACGCGUUCGCGGCGUCUUCUCCUUCGGCUCCGGCCCUUGGGAUCCCACGCAUCGCUUCGAGACGUCUUGGCUGCUUUCCCCGUGGCUGCUCUUUGCCGUCCGUGCCCUCUUCUGCGUCUACGGCUUCUUGACCCUCUUCUUCAUCAUCGGUUGGGAAUGCAGCCAUGACGCAGCCGGCGGCUGUCGCGAGGCGCGCCAGUCCUUUUCCUACUUCACCGUCCUCACCUACUGGGGCCUCGCCUUUUACUUCCUCGCCGCGUCGGUCCACACCGGCACCUACGCCCUGACCGGCAGGCCGCUGCUCGAGCGCCUGCCGCAGCCGCUGCGCGCCCUGCACUCGCUCUUCUACACCACCGUCGUCACGCUGCCGUUCCUCGUCACCAUCGUCUUCUGGGCCGUCCUCUACAAGGGCGUCUGGUUCUCCACCGCCUUCGACGGCUGGCACAACGUCAGCCAGCAUGCCAUGAACUCGCUCUUCGCCCUGUUCGAGCUGGUCGUCCCCCGCACCGCGCCCCCGGAGCCCGUCCACCUGCUGUGGCUGGUGCUCAUCCUGCUGGGCUAUCUUGCCGUCGCGUACGUGACCCUCGCGGACCAGGGCUUCUACACGUACAGCUUCCUCGACCACGACGCCGUCGGCGGGAGGGGCUACGUCGCCGCCUAUGUCUUUGGCAUUGCCGUCGGGAUUGUCAUCAUCUUUGGAGUCGCCUACGGGCUCAUUUGGCUGCGGAGAUGGGUUACGGAGACGAAGCUCGGCAUGGAGGGCAAGCUUGCGUAUCGCGUGGUGCACGACGAAGCCGAGAUGAACACGAUCCAGCCCAAAGAGCGUGAGACGUCGGUAGUAUAGGUUCGCUAUAGAUGUUUACUUCAUACAAUAGCCGAU